GCGCGCGCCAUGUCGUUCAGUGAGAUGAACCGCAGGACGCUGGCGUUCCGAGGAGGCGGGUUGGGCACCGCCAGCGCCGGCUCCUCCACGAACAAUAACGCGGGCGCGGAGGCCUCGACUUGGCCGCAGCAGCCCCUGCCAAGACAGCCCCCGCCGCCGGCGCCGCCCGCGCUCCCUCAGCCCAAUGGGCGGGGGGCCGACGAGGAAAUGGAAUUGGAGGGCCUGGAGCCCCACGACUCGGAGGCCUCUGCCGGGGUGGCCGCCGCCGCCGCCGCCGCCGCCGCCGAGGAAGCCAAGGAGUUGCUGCUCCCCCAAGACGCCAGCGGCCCCACGUCGCUGGGCGGCGGUGGCGUGGGGGGCCCCCUGCUAGCGGAAAGGAACCGUCGGACUCUGGCCUUCCGAGGAGGUGGCGGCGGCGGGGGUCUCAGCAACAAUGGCAGCAGCCGCGGCCGCCCCGAGACCUCGGCGUGGCCCCUGAGGCAUUUCAAUGGGCGCGGGCCGGCGGCGGUGGACCUGGAGCUGGACGCGCUGGAAGGGAAGGAGUUGAUGCCGGACGGCGCGUCCCUGAGCGACAGCACCGAGGACGAGGAGGAGGGGGCGAGCCUGGGCGAUGGCAGCGGGGCGGAAGGCGGCAGCUGCGGCAGCAGCAGGCGGUCGGGCGGCGAUGGCGGGGACGAAGCGGAGAGCAGCGCCGUGGGAGCUGGCGAGGGAGAGACUGUCCAGCACCUCCCGCUCGCGCGGCCCAAGUCCCUGAUGCAAAAGCUCCAGUGCUCCUUCCAGACCUCCUGGCUCAAGGACUUCCCCUGGCUGCGCUACUCCAAGGAGACUGGCCUGAUGUUUUGCGGCUGGUGCCAAAAGACCCCUGAGGAUGGGAGGACCGUGGAUCUUCCCCAAGUUGGGCACGAUGAGCUUUCGCGAGGGACCCGCAACUACAAGAAGACCCUGCUCCUCAGGCACCACGUCUCCACCGAGCACAAACUCCACGAAGCCAACGCCCAGGAGUCAGAAAUACCAUCAGAGGAGGGGUACUGUGACUUUAAUAGUAGGCCAAAUGAAAACUCUUAUUGCUAUCAACUUCUUCGACAACUAGAUGAACAGAGAAAGAAAGAUAUUCUUUGUGAUGUCAGCAUUGUGGUGAGCGGGAAAAUCUUUAAAGCUCAUAAGAACAUCCUGGUUGCAGGCAGCCGUUUCUUUAAGACUUUAUAUUGCGUUUCAAACAAAGAAAGCCCUAACCAAAACAAUACUACCCAUUUAGAUAUUGCUGCAGUUCAAGGUUUUUCAGUCAUCUUGGACUUCUUGUAUUCUGGUAAUCUGGUGCUCACAAGCCAAAAUGCCAUUGAAGUGAUGACAGUGGCCAGCUACCUUCAAAUGAGUGAAGUUGUUCAAACUUGCCGAAAUUUCAUUAAAGAUGCCUUAAAUAUAAGCAUUAAAUCAGAAGCUCCAGAGUCUGUAGUUGUGGACUAUAAUAAUAGAAAACCAGUUAAUAGAGAUGGUCUGUCUUCAUCACGGGAUCAAAAAAUUGCCAGCUUUUGGGCAACACGGAAUCUUACCAAUUUGGCAAGUAAUAUAAAAAUUGAAAAUGAUGGUUGUAAUGUCGACGAGGGCCAAAUAGAAAACUACCAAAUGAAUGACAGUAAUUGGGUCCAGGAUGGUUCUCCUGAAUUGGCUGAAAAUGAAUCUCAAGGCCAAACAAAAGUGUUUAUUUGGAAUAAUAUGGGCUCCCAGGGAAUUCAAGAGACUGGCAAAACAAGGAGGAAAAACCAGACUACAAAGAGAUUUAUUUAUAAUAUACCACCUAAUAAUGAAACAAAUUUGGAAGAUUGCUCAGUGAUGCAGCCACCUGUUGCCUAUCCAGAAGAAAAUAAGACCCUAAUCAUCAAGGAAGAACCAGAUUUGGAUGGUGCUUUACUCUCAGGGCCAGAUGGUGAUAGAAAUAUGAAUGCAAAUUUAUUGGCUGAGACCUGCUCUAGUCAAGAUGGAGGUGAUGCUGGUACUUCACAUGAUUUCAAGUAUGGUUUGAUUCCUGGCCCUUCAAGUGAUUUCAAGUAUGGAUUGAUACCGGGUACCUCAAGUGAUUUCAAGUAUGGAUUGAUACCAGGUGCUUCUAAUGACUUCAAGUAUGGAUUAUUGCCAGAAUCUUGGCCAAAACAAGAAACAUGGGAAAAUGGUGAAUCAUCUCUAAUCAUGAACAAGUUAAAAUGCCCUCAUUGUAACUAUGUAGCCAAAUACAGACGAACACUAAAAAGGCAUUUACUCAUUCAUACGGGAGUAAGAUCGUUUAGCUGUGAUAUUUGUGGAAAGCUGUUUACUCGAAGAGAACAUGUAAAAAGACAUUCCCUGGUGCAUAAAAAGGAUAAAAAAUACAAAUGUAUGGUGUGUAAGAAGAUCUUCAUGUUAGCAGCCAGUGUUGGAAUAAGACAUGGAUCUCGACGCUAUGGUGUUUGUGUAGACUGUGCAGAUAAAUCACAACCAGGAGGGCAAGAAGGUGUAGAUCAGGGACAGGAUACAGAAUUCCCUCGGGAUGAAGAAUAUGAAGAAAAUGAAGUAGGAGAAGCUGAUGAAGAACUGGUUGAUGAUGGAGAAGAUCAGAAUGAUCCAUCUCGAUGGGAUGAAUCAGGAGAUGUUUGUAUGUCUCUGGAUGAUUAACUGACCUAUACUUAUACUCCUCAAGGAUGCUGCAUUUGGACAUAAUAUGAAUCGACAAUUUGGAUUGUUGAACUUUGAAGGCUUGCAAAAUAUGGUACAUGCUGGAUGGUAGUUAUGUUGCUGUGAAACUGUAGGGUCAAAAAGCCUUAUAGCAAAAAAUUUUUUUUUAUAUUUGCACAGGACUGUACAGCAAACAACCAUGUGGUUGGCUUACAUGGAGUCCCCACAUAUUCAGUCAAAGUAAAAUAUUUUUUAUUUAUAGGAGAUACAGUAACUAUUUGGGUCCUAUGAAAAUAUAGUACUUGUUCUUUAUAGAGCUUGCAUUCAUGUUCCACUUUAACAUGAAUGAAGAAAAUCCCUUUAUGGAAGUACAGUUGACCCAAUCACUCUGUCCAUCAAACCACUCAGGCUAGUUUGUACUAGUAGAGUUUUGUUUCUAUUUUAUUUUUAUUAAUUUUAUUUUUUUUAAUACAGAUUUUUCAGUGAGGGGCUUUUUCAACCCCAUUGGUUCUAUUUUCUUGUAUUUUCCAUUUUAAUUUGCUUUAUAACUUAAAAAAAAACAAGUCUCUUCUAGUCUUAGGUAUUAUUUCUCAAUUUUGUGCUGAUAGGCAUGUUUAUAAGAACUGGAGAGGUAAUUUAUUGGAAUGAACUAACUGACUUCCCCUGACCCUUUUCCUUUUUGACAUGAAUUUUAGUACUUCACAAAUGAAGAAUGAUGUGCGAAGUUACGUGGCGAAGCUGACAAAUACCACUAAAUGAUUAUGAUUUACAAGUAACUUUCUCCUGCUGCUCUAAUUUGAUAAAUGGUUACUAUAUGAUGUUUUCUGACAUAGUUUUUGGUUUUGGGUAUCUGUUACUUUGGCACUAUUCUUGUUUGCCUCUUUAUUAUUUUUGCCAGUGUACUAUACCUCAGCCUUAUUUGGAAGACAGAAAUCUGAUUGAAGAAAAGUCAUAGAAACAAUAAGUAAAAUGAUUUGUUUUAUAAUUUAUCCUCCAUGUCCAGUUUGGUUAGCUUGUUAUGCAAUAUAAGUGAAAUAUCAGGUUUUUACCUCCUGUGCCCUUUUUAUCAUUAAAAUUAACACAAAAUGUGCAUUCUCCUUUGUUUCAUACUUACUGGGAUAUUUUGAGUCUUUUGAAAUAAUGGUUGAUAAUUUAUAUUUCCACUCCUUCCUAAAGUCACUACACCUCAAUUCAGUCUUUCUAGACAUCAUGAUUCAGUGGGCCACAACUUUCAAGUAAAAUUCAGAGGCUUUAUUAUUAACUAAAUAUAGUAUGGUAUAGAAAAAGGUGAUAUAUUAAGUUGAAAUUGUUUAGAUUUCAUUAGCCUGGUGAGAAAAGAAUUCACUGUGGAACUCUCCACAACAUUUCACAUACUAACAUGGAUGACAUUUAUCCGGAACAUAUUAUACAAUUAAGAUUCAUCAUAUUUUCAGUUUUCUUUCAAAUAAAAAUUGAGUAUAUUUUCCUAUUUUAUAUCAGGUAACUAAAUUAUGCUAGUUGUGUGGGAAGAAAUUGCAAAGAUGCUUUGACAGAUACAAUCUAUUUGGUGCUCCAUCUGAUCAAAGUUGAAAGCUUAUUUUUUUAAGAGACAAACUAUCAUUGUCUCUGAUUUCAGUAAAAUGAUGGUUUAUUGCCAGACAAUAAUGUAUCUGCUUAGAUAUAUCAAAGAUAAAAUAUUACAAUUACAUGGUUAGAUGCAUCUUUUGUCAUCUAGACUUUAUUGUACUUUCUAUAUAACUAUAAGUUUGGCAGAUGAAUAGCUUUGGUUUGAAUUUUGUUUAAAACUGAAGAGUAUGUCCUACUCUGUGUUUGAGACAAAUGAAUAAAAUGUAACUCUAGUGAAGUCCAAAGUAUAAUUAGUUGGGCAAAGAUAAUUAUGAAUGAAAAAGUAUUUUAAAUUUAAAAUGUUCUGCUUUGUGAAUAUGUAAGUAUAGUAUAAAGAUUUCUUUCAUCCCAUUUAUCCCCUUCCUUUAAAAUAAACCAUAGUUUACAAUUGGUAGAUCUGUCUAUAUAUAAAUAUAUAUUAAAGAGCAAAGAUAUAUAUCUAAAAAAAUCACCUAAAUCUGCUUUAUUAGACUAUAGUUCACUUAUUGCAUAGAAACUGGACUUGGCUUUACAUUCUUAAUGUACUUUUUUUACUUUUCUUCAAGAUAUGAACUUAUUCUCUUGAAAUCAAGUUUUCUUUAUUGAAUCACUUAUGUAUAUCUGGUAAAUUAUGACCAAAUUUUUGUUAGAUUGCGUGCAGUAAAUUGAAAUAUACACUUGGUACACUACGGGAUUGUUGUGCUUUUGUUUUGGUUUUAGUUGGAAACAAAGGUUUGAUGUAGAUGGCUUAUUUCUGUUAAUUUAAAGUAUUCUAUAAUUGUCCAUUACCUUUAAUGUUGUGUUGUGACAGAUUUGGCUAUAUUUUUAGUCAUUUGGAAUAUGAUACUUUGAAAGUUUUGUUUUUAGGUAAUCCAAAGGAAGAAUGUUUAUACUCUUGAAUAUAUUAUCCUCAGCAUAUAUAAAAAUUUAUUUGAAGUAAGCAUUUUACCAGAAACAGAACUGACAGAUUUUUCUACUUGCUGACUGCCUAACUUAUUUUGUUUCAUGAUCUUGAAGGACUAUUCCCCCCUCCCCCUUCUCGAUCUUUUUAAAAAAUAGUUUUAGUACUAAGGUAUACUACUGGACGUUUCUAUUUUUUUAAAUAUAUUCCUUUUCCAACUUAGAGUACAACAAUUUCAGGAAAUCAAUAGAUAUCAGGAACUCAGUAGAUUCUAAGACCUUAGGAUUUGGUCUUGAGAGUUAAUGAAUAUUCAUAAUUUUGUCUGUGGAACGCUGGCAAAAUGAUGUUACACGUUUGAAGUUUCCUUGUAAUUUAUAUUUUAAAUGAAAGAUAUUUUAGAGCUUUAAUUCUACUAAAGGGGAAGAAUAUAAACUUUGAUAUUUCCUUUCACAUAGCCCUGUCAAGAUCAUAUAUUAUUUCUUAGGAUUCUCCAAGACAAUAGUCAUAUAUAGUCCCCUUAUUGGUUCUUGGCCCUUAUUUUUUCUCACUAGGUGAUUUGCUAAAUUUUUGUGCCCUAGAAAUCAAGAGUUAAAAAAAAAAAAGAAAAAACUGGACAGAUACAAGUAUUUUUUAAAUUUAGGGGGAAGACACUGACUAGUGUUUAAAUGGAGACAUCUUGAUGGAAAAGGGUGAGCUUGACACAUUAAUACAUAGUAGUAGGCACACAAUAUGAACUAUAUCAUAGUAGUUCAAUAAUAGAAAAGGAGAAAGGAAAAAGACUUGGAAAUGAAAGCAUUUUGACUUGAAAAUACAAUGGUGUAAAAUACAUUGAUGUAAAAGAUGAAGAUGAUUGGUUUACAUGGUAUCAUAUGGAGGAAAGUAGUGAAAAUGCUUUCUAAAAAAAUGUUUUAAUUGAAAACCUCAAGCUUAAUUUUGAGAAUUUUCUGAACAUAGCAUGAAAGGUUUAUAGAUACAUUUUUUUCUGAAUGAUUCCUAAAGCUACCAAUUUUUUAAUGCCCAUACUUGCCAUCAUGCUGUCCGUAUUUCACUUAAUCCUUGUAAGAUAGGUGCUAUUGCCUCCCUUUUAUAGAUGAGAAAAGGCUCAAAGAUUCAUAAACUUGCCUAAUUUAAUCUAACAGAGCUGGAGCUUAAUCACAUCUGAAGCUGGUCAAGAAGGCUCUACUGCUGCCUCCUUAAACAACUUUUUGUAGAAUAACAGCUCUUGUCUGUGGAGAUUUAUAUUGUCCUUAUAAAACUGCUAGGAAUUUUGUGGAUGUCCUUUCUCUUCCCCAAUAAACAUUCAUACUGUUUUUCCCUUGAUAAAGCAAUUGUUUUGUCACUUUGACUUAAAUAAGCCACAGGACCUCAUUUUAGCAGAUGCUAUUUGUGGGGUGUAGCAUUUUUACUUUUAAAGAAAUGAUUUUUAAUCUGAAGCAUUAGAUAUCUUUGUGUGCCGUUCAAUCACCCGGAUCCUUAAUCUUAACUUGUGGUACCUAAUAUACACACUUAGGACUAACAAAAAGGUGUUUGAGUAACUUUAGAAUUUAAAACGGAAGGGUUUUCCCCCCUGCAGUAUCCCUACUUCCAAGUGGAAUUGAACAGCUCUAGAUGUGUUAGGGAUAAGCACACUUUAAAAGAUGUUUUCUAGUCCUGAAUUUUAUGACAGUUGGGUCCUUAAAUUUGGAGUGCUAUUGAGAACAAAAUUUGGGGUUAAGGAGAGGGUAGUUGAGGCCAUUAUAGAAUGGAAGAAUCAGCGUUUUAAACACUGUAAACAAAAAACACUUAAUCUGCCUGCUGUUUGUAAAAGCUCUCUGGGAAGAUCUUUUACGAAGACCAAUUUUUUUAAUGUAAUUUACCUACCUAAUAAUAAAUGUCCUAAGACAUGUAUGUAAACUUCCAAACUGUUUUGUCAGUGUAUUUAGAAAAUACACAAGAAUCUUUAUCAAAUCUAAAAAUAUAAACGUGUGAGCACUAAA